AUGACUGACGAAAGAAAACGUCCACAUAGCCAAGACCCGGCAGGCAACGAUGGCCCACCACCAGCCAAAAAGGCAAAGAAAGUAAAGAAGCCAAAGCCGCCAAAGCCACCUUCAAGAGCUGCAAGAAAAAUGGCUCCAAAAGGAAAACCCUACACGGAAGAGGAUAAAGCAAGAGGACACAGAAUGGGGAAAGGUGACAGAAGGGAUAUGGGGAUGGAGGUGUCUUCUGGGUCUUCGUCGCCAGCCCCAUCUUCAUCCUCAUCUUCAUCUUCAUCCGAGCCUAAUUCUUUAUUCGAUGAGCCUUCGCCUGAGGGGAGACCAGCUCCACCAAUAAAGAUAGCUCCACGGACAAAGAUGACUGCGAGGAAAUCGGCACCUCCUGGGCCAGGUCUACUGAAAAGGACAGCGGCGAGGAAGUCGGUAACCCCUGGACCAGUCCAUCCCGCUGCCAUUAGGCCUCCUUCAUCCGGCACGACUCCCGCUGCACAUCCGGACGCCAUGGAAAUCGACGUGCAGGAAUUGGACGUGCAGGUAUUCGAAAAGAAAAUCUUGGAGAAUGAUGAACCUCUGAGUGACUCGAUCACAUUACGCGCUCUCGAAGAGAUGGUCGCCAAAACCUCACCACUAGACCUCACGUUAAGGAGCUCCCAUCAAGUGCCCCAGUUCAUUGCGGACCAAGGGCAAGCCGCCUCGAUCACUUAUUGGCGAUACUCAAACCUCUUCAUCCCUGGCGAAGUCUGGGGGCGUGUCCCCAAAGGUGUAUUGCCUGCUGGAGCCGAGCAACCAUGGCGUGACUUCUUGGCCAUCGUACGAGACUUUUUCCAAAUCUUCUAUGAUCCAGAGAACCCACACCCAGCCAGACUCACAACUUUCAUACGUGAGUCUCGCGCAGCAGUACCCGCAUGUCGCCAACAAAUAAACUUUGAGAUCAUCCUCACCAAUCCAUCGUUUCCCUCGCAGGAGGAACGUGAAGAAAAAGACUUCCCGCUGCCUACUCAUAGCGCACUCGUCGUCCUGCUUCGUCUCUGGCAAAUGCUGGAAUGUAACAAACCGGCCAACCAUGACCGUAUUCGUGUAACCUAUGUUUUCAAAAACGGCGACGAAUCUUCCAUGGUCAAGGAAAACCCCAAGUUCAUUGCCAACGACGACGGUAUAAAUGACUACUUCAACAAAGACCCUUCCACAAAGAAAGAAAUCGAUCCCCAAACAGGUAUCCAGCAAAUCUACCAAAUCGCCAUCGCAAGAGCACUGCAACACUGGACCCGCUACCUCAAUGGCAUCGCAAACACACACUACACCCCCAAAGAUUUCAUGAACUGGAUAGCCAAACGCACAAUCUUCUCCCUCCACCCAGACCACCGCACAGAUCGCCAAUGCGGAUAUACCAAGUAUUUCUUCCUCCGCCAACUCGACAAGAAGCCACAAACAAUUACAAAGAACAACGGCGUGGUCGAAUUGAAAGAUAAAUCUUUGCAGAGAUAUGUGGAGAGUACUGGGAAUUUGAAGCAUUAUUUGGAAAUGGAUCCGGUGGAGUAUUCGAUUAAUAAGUAUAAUAUCCAGCCUGAGGUGGAGAUAUUUGGGGAGUGUCCUGAUAAGGAUUGGGAUGAGGUUUUGAAGGAUGAGGCUGAGGCUUGA